AUGUAUAUGAACUGCUACACAGCAGUGUACAACUACUGUGCCAACAAGUCUCGAAACCUGAAUGUGUCUGUUUUCAGUAAAUCUGGUAAAGACAAGACCACUUAUUCUUUGACAGGCGCAGAGAUUUACAACAAGCUACAAGACUACCUAAUCAACUUCAUCAUCACUUUACAGAAGGAGCCACACGAGCUGUUUUUGGAGUUUUACGUGAGGAAAUGGAAGCGUUUUACGAUCGGAGCUGGCUACAUGAAUAAUGUGUUUGAUUACAUGAACAGAUAUUGGGUCCAGAAGGAGCGCUCCGAUGGCAGGAGAGAUAUCUUCGAUGUCAAUACGUUGGCAUUGCUCCAAUGGAAGUACCACAUGUUCAACAACAACGCCGACAAGAUAAUGCACGAAGUACUUGACUUGAUAGAGAGGCAGAGGAAUAAUGAGAUCGUUGAUACAAAUGUUAUAUCUGUGGCUGUCAGAUCGAUGGUUGAUUUGGGCAUCGACACCAAUGAUUUGAAGAAGACAAACAUGUUGGUGUACACAAAGCACUUCGAGAUGGAUUUCAUGUCCAGAACGGCGGACUAUUAUCGUAAGGAAAGCGAGAACUUCCUUUCACUGCAUAACGUCGUCGACUAUAUGAUGAAGUGCGAGAGCAGGUUGUCCGAAGAAAUCUCCAGAUCAAACAACUACUUAGAAGAGCGCAGUAAAAGGCAAUUGCUUGAGGUGUUACACGUGGUGUUGAUCAGGGAUCACGCCAACGAGAUGUACGACCAGUUUUUGAAAUUGCUUGAACAAAACGAGAUCGACCAUAUACUGCGGAUGUACAAGUUGUUAUCCAAGGUGCCCAGUACUUUGCAGCCUUUGGCAGACAGCUUGGAGAGUCAUAUCAAGGUCGAAGCUGCAAAAGCAAUCGAAGAGCUCAAGUCUUCGGCUGAGCCCACAGGCGCUCCACAACCAGAGGAGAGAACAAAGAGAUCUUCACAAGGUCUUAUUUCUCCAAAGGUUUACAUCCACACGUUGAUUCUGGUCUACAUGAAAUUCAACGAUGUGGUUUUUAAUGCAUUUAAGAAGGAUCCGCUUUUCAUUAAAGCUCUUGACUCGGCAUGUCGUCACUUCGUUAAUAUCAAUGUCAUCGCCACACCCAACCCAAAGAGUGCAAGCAAGACGCCCGAGUUGUUGGCCAAGUAUGCAGACAGCUUUUUGAAGGCAACCUCUAAGGAGGCAGAUGUCGCCAACAUGACCGCGGACAACUUGGCUCUCAUGUUGAGGUACAUUGAUAACAAGGAUGUCUUCGAAAAUAACUACCGCCGUUUACUUGCAAAGAGAUUGAUCAACGGUAACACCAAAUCAGAUGAACUAGAAGAGGGCAUGUUGCAAAGAUUACAAGAGGGCAACUCGAUGGAAUUCACCUCCAAGAUUAGCAAGAUGUUCCAAGACAUGAAGUCGCUGGAGGACUUGAAGAUGAAGAUAAGAGAUAUCCUUGGAGAUCGUGCCGUGGUGAAUGACUUUACGCCAUUGAUUUUAGCCCAAAGCAUGUGGCCCUUCCAUCAUAUUGAGGACUACAAGCUUAAGGUCGCACCCGAAUUAGAGGACACGAUCAAAUCUGUUGAAGAGGAGUACACAAGCAAGCAUAACGGUAGAGAAUUGCAGUGGCUUUGGAAUCACGGCAAGAGUGAGAUUAAAGCGAACUUGUCAAGAAAGGGCAAGCCACCCUUCAUUUUCACUGUCACGAAUGUGCAAUUAAUGAUCAUCCUAGCUUUCAACAAGAACACCACAUACUCCUACGCCGAGCUUCAUGAGAUUGUGGGAGUGGCAAAGCAUGUCUUCGAGGCACACUUGACACCACUCGUCAAGUUCAAGUUGCUUGAGCAGCUGCCCAAUACACCACUGGAGUUCAGCUCGCCUACUACAACAUUCACCAUUGUCAACGAAUACAAAUCUAAGAAGUUGAAAGUCAACUUUGUUAGCACGAUCAAGAGCGAGCAGAAGCAGGAAGAUGACGACACUAACAAGGAGAUUGACGAGUCGAGAAAGAACUACCUUACCGCUAGCAUUGUGAGAAUCAUGAAGGCAAGGAAGACCAUGAAGCACAACGAGUUGGUGAACGAGGUGUUGCUUCAAGCACAGUCUCGAUUCAAAGCAAAGCUCAUUGAUCUCAAGAGAGCCAUUGAAUACUUGUUGGAGAAGGAAUACAUAGCACGGUGCGACGGUGACUCUUAUGAGUACCUCGCCUAG